AGAGAAGUAGUGGAGGGUAGUCGAGCGCCCGCGCGUUCAAGAGACACCAUCAACUUAAGCUGGGAAGAGAUAGCACAGCAUUCAAGGGAGAGAGACUCCAGUACGUGCGAAGUGGAUAUUACCAACAAUAUAUAUACUAAAUUACUCUCCUUUAUAUUACACCCUGUACAAAUUACACACCACCCAUUUAAAUAAUAAUUACCACCAUUUAUAAUUACCUUUUAAUAUCAAUUACCACAAAGUAACGAUCAGUGACAGUGAUCCAGUGUUUACAGUGAAGAUCAGAUGUCAGUUUCGGAGUUAAUUUUUCUAAAUAAAUAAAUAAAUAAAUAAACAAACAAACAAUGACUGCUGGGUGUUUUGACAAUGCCAAGGAUUACAAUAUUAUGAUCAUGUAUCACACGAGGUCAGUUCAUUACCGUCGUUGAAAACAUCACCAGUAGCAGCGAUACCUGGAGAAAGAGACCAUAAAACGUGAUAUAUAUCUUAAUAAAUUUUCCUUCGCUGACCGCUACCUAGACUUUUAUUUAACAUCAAUUGGUACUCGAGACAAAGCAAAGUAUUGUUAGCUGUAAAAAAAAGUAAAUAAAUAAUAGGAUACAGUAGUCGAAAUCAUGUGGUGGUCGUAGUCGUGAGACACGAGACAACCACGCGAUACAUCCAGGUGGAUAAAGAUCAACCAACCACGAGGAGUUACUUUUCAAACAAUUUAUUUUAAACGCUGGCAAUACUUGAUAAUAAAAAUGCCUAAAGCACUAUCACGAUGAUCUCUUGGAUCAAGUUUCCUCGUGGUUCCUGGGCCUGGAAUAGACACUGACGAUAUGGACACAGUAUGGCUUCGGUACUGUGGCAUGCCUCUGGGAGUAGUUUCGUUUCGCCUGCCAUCAUCUUCCUCCUGUUACUUUGUCCACGUGCUAUCACAGCCCGCGAGGUAAUUGAUGUGCCACUGCCACAGCAAGACUACGUACCAUCCCUAUCUCCACCACCACCGGGACCUUUCACCACUGCCAAGACAUCAAGAUGCGACCAGACAUUCAUCAGCGUACCAGGCAGCCCGGAAAACGGGACUUUUCACGCUCCGCAUUUGAUAAAUCCAAAACGUGAAUCCCAACAAUGCGUCUACACAUUUCUCGCGGGACCUCAUCAACGUGUCGAGGUCAUCUUCACAACAUUUGGUCUCCGUGGCACACCACCAGAUGGAUCUGCCGUUGGGGAAUUGCCUGGGUGUGUACAUGAGUACAUGGAUGUAUACACGCAGAUACGAUCAGAUAACACGACCAAGCUGAUAGAGACACCCUUCGGUGGUCGAUACUGCGGUCCUAUACCACCGAGACGACGAGUAUCUCUCUACCGAGGGAUCGCACUUAGUUUCUACACUGACAAGAAUAUCACUCUACCAACUCUAUUCAGCGGUCGUUAUGCCUUCAUCAAUGCCUCGGAGUAUGAGAUCGGAACACCGGCGCCAAGUACACCCUGUUCUUUCGUUGUCAAUUCAACGAUAAAGCGCACUGGAUCCAUCCUGUCGCCUACUUAUCCUGGCACUUAUCCCAAGGAUCUUAACUGCACCUAUCAAUUCAUCGGCAACAGCGGCCAGAGGAUUAGACUCGAGUUCCGUGAUUUCGAUCUCUUCUACGGAGGUCCCCACUGCCCAUUUGAUUAUGUAAAAGUCUACGAUGGAUUGGACGAAGCAGCUCCCGUGAUAGGAACUUAUUGCGGGCAGCAACGUAACCUGGUGCUAUAUUCUUCCCAGUCAAAUCUAACAGUUCUAUUUUCAACACUACAGCGAACCGCGAACACACAAAACCGCGGGUUCAAGGGAAUAUUUGAAUUUUCUGAAAGCUUUGUUAAAUUAGAUUUCAUAAACAAAUCAGGGGGCAUGCACAUACGAGGAUCCGAGUGCGAUCAAAAAAUAUUGAGCACAAGAGAAUCUUCGGGGCAUGUCGUCAGUCCAAAUUAUCCGUUUCCUUAUAUUCCAAAAGUUGUCUGUCGGUAUUUUAUAUAUGGUAUGCAAGAUGCCCAACAUUUAGAGCGCGUGAGACUUGAAUUUUCUACAUUCGACAUCAGUAAGGGCGAAGGAAAAGGAGACUCAGCAUGCACAGACGGUUAUCUCAAAAUCUAUCUAAAAGGCCAAGAAGCCACUGACUCGUAUGACAAAUUUGACUACGAGUUGUGUGGCAACGAAACAAAUCCGAGCCACGUAGUUAGUGACGGGCCGCGACUCGUCAUGGUAUUCAGCAGCGGGGAACUUAAACAAGGAAGAGGUUUCAAAGCAAGAUACAGCUUUGAAACAGAAUACAAAAUACCGGGUACUGCUGCACCGGACGGCAGUUGCACAUUCACUUAUCGGAGUUCCUCACGGAAGAAAGGUGAAUUCAAUUCACCACGUUAUCCAAGCAAUUAUCCGAGCGAUACCAAUUGCACUUAUCUCUUCUUGGCAACUCCAAACGAACAAGUAACUCUUGUUUUUGAUCACUUUAAAGUUAGGUCAAAAACAUUAAACUUCACUACUGGAUACUAUGGAGAAGAGAUUUGUCAGGACGAUUGGCUGGAAAUCUAUAACAUGUACCGAGACAGUACAGAAAAACUGAUUGGAAGAUACUGCGGAAGUUCGGCACCUGGUCCAGUGGAGUCGAAUCUCGGCGCGCUUGGUAUCAAAGUAAUUCUACAUUCAGAUGCGGAGUUGGUUUACAGUGGGUUCAAAGCUCGCUACAUGUUCGAAGUCGCUAAAUCUAUAUUCGGCGAUUGUGGCUCCAACAUCAGCAGUCUCGAGUACGGCGUAAUAAUGACACCGAAUCAUCCUGAUAAUUACGACAGCCCUCUCCGAAAUUUCGCCAGCAAAACCUGCAAUUGGUUCAUAUCUGUACGUCCGAAUCAUCAGAUAUUAAUCUACUUCGAAGAUUUCUCCGUCGAAGGUGAACAGUCUGUCAGAGGAUGUCCUGCGGCUGUUUUACGAUUGUGGUUGUCCCCAAUGGCAACUCCAAUUGAAUUAUGCGGCGUCAAGACUACCGAAGGCCCGAAUGAUUAUUUAUCUCAUGAUCACAACAUGCGACUCAGCUUCAUAUCAUCAGAUAAGUCGGUAGGGCAAAAAGGUUUUCGUGCCGUGUGGACUGAAGUAUACAAAGCAAACGAAUGUGAGCCAGACGAGUUCCAUUGUCGUGGAAACAACUACUGCAUUGCAGAAACAUUACGUUGUAAUAACGUAGACAACUGCGGUCCAGAUGAUACGAGCGACGAGGAGAACUGUGCAAUAACAGUGCCUCCAGUAAGUUACGCGAUACCAGCAGCCAGUGCAGCGGCUGCUGUACUGAUAGCAUUUGCACUUUGUCUGUUGUGUCAUCGUAAAAUGAAGCGACGAACUGAAGAAGUUAAUAUCGAUGACUUCCAACAGCGUAUCGAGGACAUGCGUUACUGCUAUCAUCAUCACACCGUCUUCCAUCGUACACCAAGUACUCACAGUCAUAGCCAUCCAGAUACUUACAAUAAUCAGUAUCACAUGGAACAGCCAAGUCCACCAAGUGAGAGUGAAAUUGAACAUGUAUGUAACGAUGACGCGAGUAGUCCAGAAACACCGUGACCAUCGUGCAUAAUUACUGUUACAAUUUGGUGUCACUGUCAUUAUUAUUAUUAUUAUCAUUAUUAUCAUAACAAUAAUAAUAGUUACUACUGUAAGUGUUGGUAUGAAUCCCGACCAUCACCAAAAGCACGUGGGUUAAAUCCACGUGCUAAUGAAACGCAGACUGUACUAUCGCGCCUAAAGUGUAAUAAAAAAAUUGUUGUUGUUAAUGUUGUUGUUAUCAUGGUUGCUCGAAUCGAUAAUUUCGGCAGCUCAUUAUCCAGCGCCAUCAACAGCCAUUCAUAUAACAAUAAUAUCGAUAUUAAUUAUUGUCAUCAUAUCAAAGGAAUACUGUCACAUUGAUUUCAUUUAUUUAUUUUUGAAUUGUAUGUCCUCGUUUAUCCGCCACACGGAUAAAUAGGCGAUAGAUAAAUUUAUCUAAUGACUAAUGACGUUUGUAAUUCGCGUGGGCAUUGGUAAUUAAAUAUGAACACCAGGAUUGGGAAAAUUAAUUAAAUAAAUAAUUUUUUUGUUAUAAUGAAUGCAAUCCGGAGUAAAUGCGGGUGGAUGACGGAAAUUUGUAAAAUUUACUCUGAAGGGAGUUUAUUUUAAUAUUGAAACUCCGAACGAUGGAGUGAAUUCGGUUUUAAUUAAAAUCCGUGAUCACUCCGCAUUCAUUCCAUUGCUUCAUUGAUUUAAAUAUUUAUGUGGGAGGUGAAAGUAUGAGCUGAUUAUAUUGAUUGCCGAUAAUUGGAAAACGUUUAAUAAUUUUGUCGCGCAAUUAAUAAUUAAACAACAGACGUAUGUAGGCUGGUACCUGCUGAUUAUUUAAAACGACGCGUUCUUUUAAUCCUUUUAUACAUUUUACUGUUAUAAAUACGCUCUAUAUUUUACAUUGAACGAUAAAAAAUAAAUACUGUUGUUGCGCGCAAGUUAUUCAAAUAUUAAUUGACAUGUAUUCCUUUGUAUAUAAAUAUAUUAUAUGUAAAAUCUUAUUAUCGAAUGGCCAUCGAUUGUUAUUAUAAAUAAAUUAUAGAGGAUGGCGUUGACCAAGAGCUAUUGUAAGAAAAAAAAUUAAAAAUUAAAAUAAUAACCGAUUGAACAGGCAUUUUAUUAAAUUGGAGUAUUUAGUUUUAAAAUAUAUAUAUAAUAUAAUAAUAAAUAAAUAAAUAAGACGUGUUGGUCUAACGUUAAGGGUCUAAAAUAAAUAUUUGUCUUGUCAUUAGUUGAUAAUUAUUGUAAUUGUAUACUAUUUGAAGAGAGUAAACGUAUUGGUAAACGAUAACGCUUUUAUUGAUAAAAAAAAAUUUAUAGAAGAACAAAUAUAUGAUAAACAAUAAGGAAAAAUAAGAGUAAUUAAAUUUUAUUAGUCUGCCAAAAUUUUUAUAGACAAUGAGGGUCCACUCAUAGGGUUCGGCCAGUCAUUAGUAAUUGAUAUAUUUAUUAUUAUUAUUAUUAUUACUGUUAAUUAAUUUUUCGUAUUAUUUAAGUGGCUCGAUGAUUUCUUAAAAUAAAUGCUACGGAAUGUCUAAUAGUAUUAAGUUACUUAAAAAGUAUAUUUAAAAGCGAUACGAGUAGUAUAGCAGAUGUAGUAUCGUACGAAAUACGCACAUCUAAAUUUUGUACAGAUUUAAAAAAAAUAAAAAUAAAAAAAAAAUAAAAUGCUUUUAAAUUACUGAGACAAAGCACCGGCAUUUAUCAAACGCUUUAUUGUAUCGAGUAAUUUUGAGUAACAACAACUCACACACAUUAUUUUAUAUAUAAUAAUUAAAUUACUGUGCUCAUAUAUUUUUUUUCUAAAUUUUAAUUAUUAAUUUUGUUUUUUUUUUUUUUUUUAAA